CGGCAGAUGCAUGCGCGAAGCGAAGGUCGGGGUAGCGAGGGAACGAAGGCUGCACACGAACCAGGAAGCGGGGCGGCGGGGCUUCCGGCGCCGAGGAGUUUCAACUACGGCGGCCGCGGAGGCCCGUCCGAUUGCUGCUCCGCGCUCCGAGCUGCUGGCGGCGUGUGCGCUCGCCCCGCCCUGGUUAGUGUGUAGCCGGCCGGCGAGGCCUGCGCAGUUGAGGCGGCCGGGGAAGAUGGUGGAGGACGGUGCGGAGGAGCUGGAGGAUCUGGUGCACUUCUCGGUGUCCGAGUUGCCUAGUCGCGGCUACGGAGUCAUGGAGGAGAUCCGGCGGCAAGGCAAGCUGUGCGACGUGACCCUCAAGAUUGGGGACCACAAAUUCAGUGCUCACCGGAUCGUCUUAGCAGCCUCGAUCCCGUAUUUCCAUGCCAUGUUUACAAAUGACAUGAUGGAGUGCAAGCAGGAUGAGAUUGUAAUGCAGGGAAUGGACCCAAGUGCCCUGGAGGCUCUAAUCAACUUUGCCUACAACGGCAACCUUGCCAUUGACCAGCAAAAUGUCCAGUCAUUGCUGAUGGGGGCGAGCUUCCUGCAGCUGCAGAGCAUCAAAGACGCCUGCUGCACAUUCCUCCGAGAACGACUUCACCCAAAAAACUGCCUGGGUGUGCGCCAGUUUGCUGAGACAAUGAUGUGUGCUGUGCUGUACGAUGCUGCCAACAGCUUCAUCCACCAGCACUUUGUGGAGGUGUCCAUGUCGGAAGAGUUCCUGGCCCUGCCCCUGGAAGAUGUGCUUGAGCUGGUGUCUCGGGAUGAGCUGAAUGUAAAAUCUGAGGAGCAGGUCUUUGAAGCUGCAUUGGCCUGGGUCAGAUAUGACCGGGAGCAGAGGGGUCCCUACCUGCCUGAGCUGCUGUCCAAUAUCCGCCUGCCCCUCUGCCGGCCCCAGUUCCUUUCAGACCGAGUACAGCAGGAUGACCUGGUGCGUUGCUGCCACAAAUGCAGGGACCUGGUAGACGAAGCAAAGGACUACCACCUCAUGCCAGAGCGCCGGCCGCACCUGCCGGCUUUCAGGACCCGGCCGCGCUGCUGCACAUCCAUCGCUGGGCUUAUCUAUGCUGUAGGAGGCCUCAACUCAGCAGCAAAUUUUUAUGCAGGUGAUUCCCUGAAUGUGGUGGAAGUGUUCGAUCCCAUUGCCAAUCGCUGGGAGAAGUGCCGUCCUAUGACAACAGCCCGCAGCCGCGUUGGCGUGGCUGUGGUGAACGGGCUUCUGUAUGCCAUUGGAGGAUAUGACGGCCAGCUACGGCUGAGCACUGUGGAGGCCUACAACCCGGAGACAGACACAUGGACCAGAGUGGGGAGCAUGAAUAGCAAGAGAAGUGCCAUGGGGACAGUCGUGCUGGACGGGCAGAUCUACGUCUGUGGGGGCUACGACGGCAACUCUUCCCUCAGCUCCGUGGAGACCUACUCACCUGAGACAGACAAGUGGACAGUCGUGACCCCGAUGAGCUCGAAUCGCAGUGCUGCUGGGGUUACGGUCUUUGAGGGCAGGAUAUAUGUGUCGGGCGGCCAUGAUGGCUUGCAGAUCUUCAACAGUGUGGAGCACUAUAACCACCACACCGCCACCUGGCACCCUGCAGCUGGCAUGCUCAACAAGCGCUGCCGGCAUGGAGCAGCCUCCCUGGGGAGCAAGAUGUUUGUCUGUGGGGGCUAUGAUGGCUCUGGCUUCCUCAGCAUCGCUGAGAUGUACAGUUCCGUGGCAGACCAGUGGUGCCUGAUAGUCCCCAUGCACACGCGCCGGAGCCGAGUCUCCCUGGUGGCCAGCUGUGGGCGCCUCUACGCUGUGGGGGGCUAUGACGGACAGUCAAACCUAAGCUCAGUGGAGAUGUACGACCCGGAGACAGACCGCUGGACGUUCAUGGCCCCCAUGGCGUGCCAUGAAGGAGGGGUCGGUGUGGGCUGCAUCCCUCUCCUUACCAUCUAAGGCAGAGGAUGGGAUGUGGUGGGGCAGGGAUCUGGUACAAACAUAGGCGCUUCCUUCCAGUAACAGUCCCUCAGGAGAGGCAGUGGACCAGAAGAUGGGGUGAAAUGUGAGCUUGCCAGAGGUACAGUUUUUCCAGGUGCUUAAGCCCUCCACCACUGUGCCACCCUUGUGACCUUCAGGCCUGGGUCAUCAAGAUGCACAGCAUGGACACAAGCUCCUUUGGGUCCCGUAGCUGGUGACCUGGAACUGUUCUGCUGGUCCACACGAACACAAGCUCCAUCCAGGCCCAACUCCCACCCACUGCUGCUCUGUUGGCCAGCCAUUCACAGAAGGCCUUCCAUCUGUUGCUCCUCUUCACCUGCUUGUUCUCCAACCGAGUUCUGGCCAGUUUGCCAUGGGGAGGCUGCAGUGUCCAAGCCUGCUGGAAACUGGGAUGUAGCUGGGGGCGAAAGGACAGACCCAAGUGUUCUCCCUGCCUGAGAUGGUAUGGCCACAGCAGUGGAGGGCUGCUGCACACAGGCACGUUCCUUCUUCACAGUAGGGCACCAAGGAUUCUGUCCUCAUCACUGGGUAAGCAGGAAGAAGAGAAGUUUUCCCCAUGUCUAAUUUUGGGAUUUCAGUGAGGCCUUUUCCAUCUGUCCAGGAGAACAGAAGGGAAAAAAAAAAAAAAGAUACUUGAAAGAAACAAGGAAAUUUAAACCAAGAAACUGGAAAGAAAAAAUUUUUUUAUGUGAACAAAUUUUGCAGGAAGAAAAAUGCAUAAAGGACGCUAAGGGCAAAUCUAUGUUUAAAUGGAAAACCGUCUAACCAGAGAAGGGCGGUAUCCGCUCCACAUUCGGAUCCCAGGGUCCUGAGGCAUCGCAUCGAGCUGGGUGCUCAUGGGGUUUGUCUUCACACCCACCAUCAGAGGACUUUUAAAGUCAUAGGCGUAGAGAGUUAGCAGUCUGCUGAAUUACUGCCACUCUUCUUGGUGGAGGCUCCUGGCUAUGGCUGGGGGUUCCAGAUGCCCCUGUGAUUACCUCCUACUGGUGCCAUGGCGCUCAUUCAGAUUCCCCACUUGCACUGACAUUCCUCCCUUUUUUGACCAGCAGGAAACAGCAGGUCUGGCCGGAUUCUCAUUUGCCCAUCGAUCUCGUUCUUGGGUGAUUUCCCUCAUUGGGAUGCUUCUGGGGCACAUUGACCAUUUGCACCUCUAGAACCCAACCAGGGGCUUCCUUCUACCAGCUGUGGGCUGGCUUGGUCUCGUAACCUUGUCUGCCCUGCCACUCCAUUGCUCCUCCAUCCACUCGCCAAUCCCAAGGGUCUGGCCUCCCUCCAGCCCUGGGGCAGACUAACCAGCAAGGUGGACCUUUACAUUCAAGCACAGCUGGCUUUUAUGACACAAAAAACUAAAGGCCGAAAGAAUCUCUUGCUGCUGCAAAGAACAGAUUUUAUAUUUCUUCCUCUAAUCUUGGGAAAUGAUCUUUACCUAUUGGAAAAACUCCAUACUGCUUCCUCCUUCUCCCUGCGUGGGACCUAAUGUAGCACAGCGGGACUGAAAGAGGAGGACAUUUUCUCUUACCAGUGCACUGGGCAGUGGGGCUGUCCUUCAACUGCUGCUGCCAAAAUCUGGUUUUCUAAAAUUCUUCCAGUAGAGACUAAAAGAAGAUGCAAUUCCUGUAACCCAAGACUGGGUCUUAGGGCUCCAGUCUCCACCAGGUUGGUUUCCUGUCCUUCGCUGCCUGCCUGGGGUGGCCUGGAAGCCUGUUCAGAAAGGCACAAUGUGGAGCCUGGGGUGUCUUCCCCAACCUCAGGGCCAUCAGGUUUACCAGUGUGUGCAAUCGCCAUGUACUCAGAGGGAAGUACCUUUGUUACCUGCAACUUAGGAGCUGGGUCUCUGCUACAAGCACUUGAAAAUGAUAUUUUUAUUUUUAACGUCUCAACAAUCUGAUAAUGGAUGUCAUUUAACCUGGGCUCGUGGUAGAGCUCCAGCAUUUCUCCCUCCUUCCUGGUUUGCCUGUAGAGGUGGACUCAGAAGGCAGGUGGGGUGUGCAUUUCCUGUUAGGAGUGUAUCAGUGCAUGUCUUAUUGUAAGCCCCUUUCUUUUGUGAAUUUGAAGCAGCACCAGCAAGCCUGGAUUGUGAAGGUGUUAAGAAUCUGUCUGUGGGCUGCUGAGUGGGUCCUUAGGAUGCUGGCCCAGAUUUUCCCACUGGGUAUGGUAGAUUAUUUUCCCAUAGCCUGCUGCUCUUGUAGUGGCCUUCCUGAGUCCAUUCCCACCUCCUGGUAUAGAAUUUACACUGCUGCACCUGAGAUCAGUGUUUCAAAGUAAGAUCAAGCCAGUGUUUUGAUCUGGUCUCUGAGCACAAGUGAGCAAACACCGCCAUAUUCACACUCUCCCAGUAGGUUCCUCAGUCUGAUGCUGAAUGGCUGUUCGUAAAUGGCUGGUCUGGUUCUUUGGUGUUGGAGCCUUUCCAAUAGCCCCAUGAGAAGUAGCAAGGAUAUUGUGAAAAGGAUAUCACAAGGAGAUAGGGUAGAUGUUGUGUUUAGUGGGCCUUGGGGCCUAGCCCAGCUCUGAGCAGAGAACUGUGGCAUUCACUGUCCUUGAGUGUUUCACCUUCUUGGAUAACACGCACACGGGCCUUUUCUUCUGGAUUUCAUCAGAGAUUACAGCCAGAUAGGAGCUGAAGUCCAGCCUCUUGACUUGACCACAGAGGUGUGACUAUGGGAAUUCCUCCCAAUUUAUUGUUUCCCGGAAAAUCUCACUUCCUUUUAUUUAUAGAAUGCAUGUCUUGUGUUAAGAAACCAAAGAGAAAUAAAGAAAGAGAACACUCCUAAUA